GUUCCUGUCCAGCUCGGUCACUCUCCCUCCUUCCCAGCGAACGAGCGUUACAAUAGGAGGCAGCAGCAGCCACAGCAGCGGCAGAAGCAGCAGCCGCGUUCAGACUACUACUACUAUACUUCCUCCUCCCCGCCUCCCAAUUCCUCCCCAGAAAUAAUAAACAAACCAGGGAAGGAAGCGAGCGAGCCACGGCCGCAGGAAACAGCGAGCUAGUCCCGCGCAGAUCCGCGAGAUCCGGCGGCCGGAGGUGGAGUCUCGAUGACGAACGGGGCCGGGGGCAGCGGGGGCGGCCUCGGGGGCACCAGGGUCCCGACGUGGAGGGAGCGGGAGAACAACCGGCGGAGGGAGCGGCGGCGGCGCGCGAUCGCCGCCAAGAUCUUCUCGGGACUCAGGGCCUACGGCAACUACAACCUUCCCAAGCACUGCGACAACAACGAGGUGCUCAAGGCGCUGUGCAACGAGGCCGGAUGGACCGUCGAGCCCGACGGCACCACCUACCGCAAGGGAUGUAAACCUCUUCCAGCUGAGCGUCCUGAUCCAAUUGGAAGGUCUGCAUCACCAAGCCCUUGCUCUUCAUAUCAACCUAGUCCACGGGCUUCAUACAACCCGAGCCCUGCAUCAUCCUCCUUUCCAAGUUCUGGAUCCUCCUCUCAUAUUACUUUUGGUGGGAACAACUUCAUUGGUGGUGUCGAGGGCAGCUCUCUUAUCCCAUGGCUAAAGAAUCUUUCCUCGAGUUCCUCGUUUGCCUCCUCCUCCAAGUUCCCACAGCUUCAUCAUCUAUAUUUCAAUGGCGGCUCUAUCAGUGCACCAGUAACACCUCCAUCCAGCUCCCCAACUCAUACACCUCGCAUCAAGACUGACUGGGAGAACCCAAGUAUUCAGCCGCCAUGGGCUGGGGCAAAUUAUACAUCUCUUCCAAACUCCACACCACCGAGUCCCGGGCACCAGGUUGCUCCAGACCCAGCAUGGCUAGCAGGGUUUCAAAUAUCAUCUGCUGGUCCUUCAUCUCCAACUUACAGCCUUGUGGCACCAAAUCCUUUCGGUAUUUUCAAAGGGACUGUCGCCAGCUCUUCAAGAAUGUGCACUCCUGGACAGAGCGGAACUUGUUCUCCGGUAAUGGGUGGCGUGCCAGCCCAUCAUGAUGUCCAGAUGGUUGAUGGUGCCCCGGAUGAUUUUGCCUUUGGGAGCAGCGGCAAUGGCAACAAUGAAUCACCUGGUCUGGUGAAGGCGUGGGAGGGGGAGCGGAUACACGAGGAGUGUGCCUCGGACGAGUUGGAGCUCACCCUUGGGAGCUCUAAGACUCGUGCCGAUCCCUCCUGAUCAUGCUACAAGAGUGCCUCUUAUUCGCCUGGGUUUUACUUCUAAUAUUUAUUUGGACGGUCCUCUUCUAUUUUAUGAGUUCAGUGUUUGUAGAAAGAGAGAAGGGAUUCAGAGAUCGUAUCAUGUUCCUCUGGUGGUGAUAUGAUAUCCAUCCUCUUUCAGGGAUCUGAACUUGUUUUAGCCUAAACAAAUUGUUAACCUAUUUAUUUCGUUUUCUUCUUUUCUUUUUUCCUUUUUUGCUAUUCUCAAGAAAUGAAAAGAACAAAAAAAAUUGCAAGGGAAAGGAGUGCUUGCAGGAAACCUUAGACAACUUGAAGAGGCAUCCAUGUGCUCUUGUAAAUUAGCUUCAGUUGUCCUUGAUAUGACUAUUAUCGUUGUACUUUUGUCGGAAGUGUGUACAUUGUAUGGAUCA